CGUUGCUAUUUGCAGCCUUGGCUGUCUAUCUCCGGGGCCCAACCGGUGAUUACUUGCAGGCACCCGGUGAUCGGCAAAUAUUUCCAACGGGGGAGAGAACUAUAUGUAAACCAUACAGUUCUCUCCCUGUCAGCUCCAGCACACUGCUUUGUAUGGCUCUGCAUAGCACAGUCAGUGGAAAGCACAGACACAGCACACAAUGUGAAACAGCACACAGUUAAUCCUUUGAUCGCCUCAGAUGUUAACCCCUUCCUGCCCAGUGCUAUUAGUACAGUGUCAGUGCUUUAAUUUAGCACCGAUCACUGUAUUGGUGUCACUGGGGAUGUCAGUGACACCAAGUCAGUUCCCCCCAGUGUCAGAAUGCCCACCGCAGUCCCGCUAUAGGUAGCUGA